GGUCAGAUGCAGGACGUCCAUUAAAGUUUUCACCACGACCACUGUAACAGCUAGGCAUUACAGGCAUCCGUCAUCACAAUGAGCGAAGUUUUGGACCCAGCUUUUUUCGUUAAUCACCAGUUUGCUGGCAAAAUACUCAUGGCGUGUAUUUCUCCACUUUUCCCUAUCAUCAUCGUCAGCAACGCACUGUUGAUUCUGAUAGUGUACAGAAAUCACCGCCUCCGUACACCGACGAAUGCCAUCGUUGCGAGUCUUGCCUUUUCAAAUCUCGUGGAUGCCCUUAUUGGACUUCCGCUUUAUACAUACGGAGUUGUAUUCAAGAUAGAAGAAGCAUGCACAGCUGAUGGAGAUACUUUGUAUCAUUUACCCCUGCAAAUAACUGCAGGUGUUUCGUUUUUGCACAUUGUAGCGUUGACUGCUGAUCGAUGCAUAGCUGUUACAAAACCGUUACGCUAUGUUCAGAUAGUGACGCUUAAACGCAUUGCAAUCGUAUUGGGAUCUUUCUGGAUUCUUAGUGCGUUGCUUAACAACGUUCGAUUUAUUGACUUAUUCAAAGACCUUCAAACAAACACAACGAUCCCGGAUCACAAUACAACAAUAUGCGGAAUGCCCUAUUCUGGAUCAACGACUUUAACCUUCGGAUGGAUAGUUUUAUGUGUAAUCGUGGUCUUGAUGGUCGUGUUACCUGUUACCAAUAUUUCAUUACUUCGAAUCGCGAUGAAGCAAGCGAGAAAAAUUGCGAUUCAGAGAGAGGUGAUGCGUGUCCAGCAAAAUCAACCACCUCCUCAAGAUGACCGGUUGAAAGCAUUUAAAACGAUUUUACUUAUCGUGUCACUCUUCAUCAUCUUCUCGUUUCCCUUUCCUCUGUAUCUCGUUUUGCGGCUUACAACGUACGUGUCACCUCUAACAUUCAUGGUGUUUACUCAUUUCUUUCUUGUUUGGCAUAUGAUCGGUUUGAUUGUUCACCCCUUACUAUAUGGUUUCAGGGAUCGGGCUUUUCGAAUAGGCUUUCAAAAUAUCUUGCGUCAAUGUAGGGCAACGCAGCAUCAUGGAUUCUGUCAGGUACCAGGAUAUUCUUGCGAAGAAUGUCAACCCAUCUGUAAAGAAGUUGAAGCUUGGACGUCAUUGGACAUUCCAGCAGGACAACGACCCCAAGCACAGCUCCAAAUCUACAAAGGCUUGGCUGGAAAAGUUAAAGGAUGGAAGAUCCUUCAUUGGCCAUCACAGCCUCCAGACCUAAACCCUAUCGAGAACUUGUGGUGGGAUAUGAAGAAAGCUGUUGCAGCACGUAGACCUACCAGCAUCGCUGACCUUGAGACCAUUGCGCAAGAGGAUUGGGCCAAAGUCCACAAGGAGCAAUGUGAGAAGCUUGUAAAAGGUUAUUCAUCUCGUCUGCAGGAGGUCAUUGCAACAAAUGGAUUCCGCACAAAGUACUAA